AAGCGGAAAUACUGCGGAGAUGCACAGAAUGAAUUAUGUGAGAGCCAAACCCUCCUUGUAGUGGUCCUUGUCUUUUUUUUAACCAGAUUUUUCCCCCCCUUCUUUGGAGUAUAUUUAAUACACGUUUUAUCUGCUUGUUCACUGAGUCAGUCUGUCCAGGGCAGAAUGAGCGCGGAGGCGGCAGACAGGGUGGCUGCGGUGGGGAACAGCCGGCCCAGCACUCCUCUGCAGACAUCCUGGUUCGAGUUCCUGCUGGACGGCUCCCUGCUGGAGAAACACCUGCAGAAGUCCAACCCAGACCCGGCCCCGGUGCAGCUGAUCAUCCAGUUCCUGGAGCAGGCCUCCAAGCCCUCGGUGAAUGAGCAGAACCAGGUGCAGCCUCCAGUAGACAACCGCAGGAACCGCACUCUCAAGCUGCUGGCGCUGAAAGUAGCCGCUCACAUGAGAUGGGACCUGGAUGUGCUGGAGAAAGGCCUGACCAUCCCAGUGCUGAAUAUGUUACUGAACGAGCUCCUGUGUGUGAGCAAAGUGCCGCCGGGGGUGAAACACGUGGACCUGGACCUGUCCACUCUGCCCCCAACCACAGCGAUGGCCGUCAUCAUCUACAACCGCUGGGCCAUCAGGACCAUCGUCCUGAGCAGCUUUCCAGAGAAACAGACGAAACCCGGACCUCACCAGAUGAACAUGUUGAAUAUUGUGCAACAGGAGAAGGAAAUGACUGAAAAUAUCCUCAGUGUGCUGAAAGAGCAGGCGUCUGACUCCAUCAGUGUGCUGGAGGGAGCUCUGCGGCUGAAGAAGGACUUCUACAUCCACACCCUGAGGACUCUGGAUCUGCUGGCUGCUGACGCUGCUGCCAACGGAGAGACGGAGUCCUCGACUGCAGGGCUGCGCAUCACCGCAGAUGAGCUGCACUGUCAGGUGCAUUAUGAUUUGGGAGGUAUUUUCUUUCAGCAAGGCUGCACAGACCAGCCAGCGUAUGAAAAAGCCAGGGAGCACUUCAGACAGACAAAGGAACUGCUACAGAAGCUGGACUCGACCCUUCACGUUCACCUGGAUGAGAAGCGCCUGGCCGGCUACUGGAACGCCUGCAAGGCCCUGACAGGAGCCCCGGACCCCUCCGACUCCCAGACCACUCCAUACGACCAGAUCAACAGCCUGAUCAGGACACACAACUACCAGGCUCUUGUUGAGGCCUUCACCAAAGACAACAUAACCCGCAGCUUGCCAAACCACUUCAGACGCUCUGUCCUCAGGGAGUUCCUGCAUAAAGUCCAACAGGGGGAGAGAGGCCUGGACGAGGUGUGCUACAAGCUGUGUGUUUGCAACGCUGUGCGAGACGCUCUGGAGGGAGAAGUUCUCAGCAUUCGUUUCCAGCAGCUGCUGCUCAAGCCGAGCAAACGAAUGGUGGACUUCAUGUUAGAGGUGUGCACGCGAUCCUUGGAAAAGGACCGCCCAUCCGAGACAUCCAGAAGGAACAUGGCCAACUUCAUGAAGACUCUGUGUGAGAGCCUGGAGGAUCUCUCCCUGGUGUUUGUGGUGUCUUCUCACAAGCUCUUCAUGGAGCUGCUGAAGGAGGAGGAGAGGAAAGUGCUGGUGGAGCAGAUGAGGAAGAGGUCGGCCACCAUCAACCUCAGCGCCAAGCCUCUACCUUCAUUCUAUGACAUUCCAGCCUCGGCAAGUGUGAACAUCGGGCAGCUGGAGCAGCAGCUCAUCCUCUCUCUGGAGCCGCGCAGGAUCAGGCAGAUCCUCAUCGAGCUCCACGGCAUGGCAGAGAGACCCUUCUGGAGGGUCAACAGCAAGUGGGAGGUUCCUCCAGACUACAUCAACGUGAUCCUCGGCAUUAAAGACAACCUGACAAAGGACCUGGUGUACAUCCUCAUGGCCAAAGGCCUCCACUGCAUAUCAAUAAAGGACUUCACCCAUGCCCGGCAGCUCUUCUCAGCCUGCCUGGAGCUGGUGACCGAGUUCUCCCCCAAGCUGAGGCAGGUGAUGCUGAACGAGAUGCUGCUGCUGGAGGUCCGCGCCCACGAGACGAUGGCAGCUGAGGGCAGCAGGGAGCGACCGCCGCCCGACCUGGUUAGCAGGGUCAGAGGUUACCUGGAGAUGAGGAUUCAUGAUCUGCCCCUGCGUCAGGUGGUGGGCGAGGAGUGUGUCGCCUUCAUGUUGAACUGGAGGGAGAACGACUACCUGACACUGCAGGUGCCCCAGUCUCUGGUCAUGACCAACCCGUACAUCAAGCUCGGUCAGCUCCUGGCCUCCACUUGCAAGGAGCUCCCAGGUCCUAAAGAGAGUCGGCGCACGGCCAAGGAGCUGUGGGAGGUGGUGGUGCAGAUCUGCAGCGUCUCCGUCCAGCACAAGAGGAACAGCGACGGCCGCAUCGGCCUCAUAAAGCACAGAGAGUCCACCAUGGGCAUCCUGCAGAGGAACAAAUUCAUCACCUUCAUCAAGAAACUUCGUGAGCCGCUGGUGCUGACCACCCUCAUCUCUCUGUUCGUGAGGCUCCACAGCAUCGUGCGGGAUGAUAUCGUCAACGAAGUGACAGCAGAACACCUUUCCAUCUGGCCGUCUUCUCUCGCAAACAUUCAAGCGGUGGAUGUGGAGGCCGUGGCUGUGACGGUCAAAGAGCUGGUCUCCUACGCGCUCACCCUGAACCCCAACAACCAGUCGUGGCUCAUCACACAGGCCGACAUCUACUUUGUGACCAACCAGUACUCUGCCGCCCUGCACUUCUACCUCCAGGCUGGAGCCGUGUGCUCCGACUUCUUCACUAAAGCCGUGCCGCCGGACGUUUACACUGACCAGGUCCUGAAGAGGAUGAUCAAGUGCUGCUCAAUGAUGAACUGCCACACGCAGGUUGCCGUUCUCUGCCAGUUUCUCCGAGAGGUCGACUACAUGACUGCAUUCAAAGCUCUUCAGGAGCAAAACAGUCACGAUGCCAUGGACUCGUACUACGACUACAUCUGGGACGUCACCAUCCUGGAAUAUCUCACACACAUUCACCACAAGCGGGGCGAGAGCGAGAAGAGACAAAUAGCAAUAAAAGCGAUUGGACAGACGGAGCUGAAUGCCAGUAACCCAGAGGAGGUGCUGCAGCUGGCUGCACAGAAGAGGAAAAAGAAGUUUCUGCAGGCGAUGGCUAAGCUCUACUUCUAA